AUGUCUAGCAAAACCAUCAGGAGCCAGAGCAGCAGCCAUGGUGGCUUCUGUGCCAGUUUAGCCAGAGUCUCUGGGCUCAGCCAUUCUGGCUUCAGAGGUGGCUCCACAUGCCACAUCAGAGGCAAUGGCAGCAUGCAGACAGCAUGUGGAGGAGCUGGCUUUGGCAGCAGUACCCUCUAUGACCUGGGGGACUCCAAUAGGAUCUCCACUGAAGGGAGCAGCUGUGCCACUGGAGACAGACAUGGACGCAGAGUUGGAGGUAAUUUUAGAGGAGGAAUCAGCAGUGGACUUGGUUUUGGUGAUGGGGCAGAUAACCUGGGGCUUGGCACUGGGGCCAGGUUCAAUGGUGGCUAUGAGGGUGUUGGCUUCCCCAUGUUUUCCCCUGCAGGGAUUCAAGAGGUCACUAUCAACCAGAGUCUCCUCACUCCUCUGAACCUGCAAAUCGACCCCACCAUCCAGCGGGUUAUGACUGAGGAGCGGGAGCAGAUCAAGACCCUCAACAACAAGUUCGCCUCCUUUGUCGACAAGGUGCGGUUCCUAGAGCAGCAGAACAGGGUCCUGGACACCAAGUGGACCCUGCUCCAGGAGCAGGACACUAGGCCAGUCAGGCCAGACCUGGAUGUUCUGUUUAACAAGUACAUCAGCAACCUCAGGAGGCAGCUGGACUACAUAAUCUCUCAGAAAAGCCACCUAGACUCGGAGCUCAGUCGCACACAGGACACAGCUAACAACUUGAAGAACAAAUAUGAAGAUGAAGUCAACAAACACACAGCAACUGAGAAUGAGUUUGUGACCAUGAAGAAGAAUGUGGAUGCUGCCUACAUGAAUGACAUUAAACUGAAAGACAUGGCAGAUGGUCUUAAAGAUGAGGUGGGCUUCCUGACAACUGCCUUCGAGGUGGAGCUGUCUCAGAUGCAAACCCACAUCUCAGACACCACUGUGGUCCUGUCCAUGGACAACAACCGCAGCCUGGACCUGGACAGCAUCAUUGCUGAAGUCAAAGCCCAAUAUGAGGAAAUCACUCAGCGGAGCCGGGCUGAAGCUGAGUCCUGGUACCAGACUAAGUAUGAGGAACUACGGCUCCUAGCAGGCAGCCAUGGGGAAACCCUGCACAACACCAAGCAGGAGAUUGCUGGCAUCAACCGCAUGAUCCAGAGGCUGAAGUCUGAAAUUGACCAGGUCAAAAAGCAGUGUUGCAACAUACAGUCUGACGUCACUGAUGCUGAGCAGCGUGGGGAGCUGACCCUCAAGGAUGCCAGGAGCAAGCUGGAAGGGCUGGAGAAGGUGCUGCAGAAGGGCAAGCAGCAUAGGCUCAUGCUACUAAAGGAGUACCAGGACCUCCUAAAUGUCAAGAUAAUCCUGGAUGUGGAGAUCACUGCCUACAAAAAGCUGCUGGAAGCUGAGGAGUGCAGGCUGAAUGGUGACGGCAUUGGACCAGUCAACAUCUCUGUGGUGCAGUCCACGGUCCCCAGGGGCUCUGACAGCACCGGUGGUGCAGGCAGUGGCAUAGGCCUGGGCAGGGGCAGCAGCUACUCCUGCAGCUCUGGAGGACAUUGCUUCAGUUCUGGUAGAGGCAUCAGCAUGGGGAGCGGCCUCAGCUCUGCCGGGGGAAGCCCUUCCACUACCAAGUACACGAGCUCCUCUUUCAGCAGGAAGAGCUGCAAGCACUGA